AUGUUUCGUCAAACUUUAAAUGCAACACGCGGUUUGAUACGUGGCCGUGCUUUCAACACCUCACCCCAGCUGAAACAGGGCAUCAAUAAUCAUGAACCCAAUGGUUUGGAAAAACGUUUCUUAGUGUGGACCGGUAAAUAUAAGAGUGUCGAAGAGGUGCCUAAUUUUGUGAGUCGCGAUGUCAUGGAACGUUGCCGCAACACCAUACGCAUUCGUUUGGCCAAUAUUAUGAUGGCUCUCACUGUGGUCGGUUGUGGCAUAAUGGUCUACAGUGGCAAGGAAGCAGCUAAACGCGGUGAAUCCGUAACGAAACAAAAUCUCGAUUGGCACAAACAAUAUAAUGAGAAAUAUUCCAAGGAAGGCGCUGCCAAGGAAUAA